UACCUCCUCAGGCAGACCAGGUCCUACCCCAGGAAACUGAGUGGCCAUGUGGCACAGACCUGUGCCCCAUGCCAGGAGGGAGGGUGACCAGCUCCACCUGGGAAUGGGAGCGAGGGUAGCAGGCCGAGAUGGAGGGCAUCUCCCUCUUCCCAUCUUUUCCUGGCCUCUUCCUCCAUUCCCACUGGCUCCUCCCCUCCCGCUUCGUCUCUUUCUUGGGUAUGGUUGAGCAGGUCUUGGGCUGCACAAGGGCUCCCGGCAGAGGACAAGGACUGACAUCAGCUUGUGCUUCCCCCUAACCCUGCAUGAAGGCACCCCAGGGGUCAUGGACCGUAGGAGCUCCAGCCCUUCCUCCUCAAGAUCCCCCCAUCUGGCAAGCCCCAAGCCACACCUGGGCAGGUCGGGCGGAAGCACCGAGCGCUGGGAAGACCAGGCCUGGCCGGGCUGAGCAUGGUAACUUGUCAGGGUUUGCACAAAAUGUCUUGGGCCCCAGCUGCAGGCCCCUCAGGAUGUUUCCCAAGAGGCUUCCCUGGGCCCCGCUCUAUUGCAGAAGAGCCCAGGGGCUGCUUCGAAGGUCUCAGCCAAGUCGAGGCCCCUGAAGACACCAGAGCCAGGGAGGGGCCGGGGCUGUGCUUGGCAUGCAGAGGUUGGGGGUCCUGACACCCCCUCCCCGGGGCUGUGCUUGGCAUGCAGAGGUUGGGGGUCCUGACACCCCCUCCCCGGGGCUGUGCUUGGCAUGCAGAGAGGUUGAGGGGUCUUGAAUUUUUGUCCCCAGAACAAUAGGCUGAGUGGACCCUGGAGAAAAGACAACCCCCCGCCACUGUACUGCCUCCACCGUGUCUCACAAAAGUAAGAGUGCUUGUUAGCCUCCAGCCGGCAGGCGCUGAGGACCCAAGCUGCACACACCUUGAUAUCAGACCCCUGGCUCCAGAGCCUUGUGGAGUAAACUUCUGCCGUUUCACCCCCCACUGUCUGUGGUACAUGGUUAGCACAGCCCUAGAAAAGCAACAGAUAGUGAGCUCCCUGUCAUAGGAGGUAUGCAAGCAGAGAGUGGACGGGCAGGGGCACUGUAGAAGGAGCAGCCCUGGGGACUCCAGCAGUCCGUCUUUGAUUCUUCCCAGACCGUUAGCCCUGGGGCAUGACCUUGGCCUUCUUCACCCCUGAAGGCCCAGGGCAGACAAGCCCAAAGGCACAUACCAGCCAAGAGGAGGUGCUGGAGGGCCCAGGGGUCCUUCUCCUGCCACAGAGAGGGGUCCCAGUGCCAACUCAGCCCUCCCCACUUGCAGGCUUUUGUGUUCGGAGACACUGAGGUUUUAAGCUUAGAGGAUGCCUCUGUGGGACAUACCUGCACCAUGGCAGGGGAGGAAAGACUGGGGCACAUGAGUCCCCUCCCUCCCAUCCUCACCCUGCAGCUGAGGGGACCACAGCAGAGAGAUCCCCACACCUUCAGGGGCCCUGGGGACCCCAGGGGAACCCUCCUCAGAUGACCUCAAACCCCCAGCAUUCAAAACUUCCUGAGAUCUGGCCCCAGCUGUCCCCUUUCCAGGGAAACAAAGGCACGCCUGGCUCCCCAGCCCCAGCCAGCCUCACUGAGCAAGGGGGCCAAGAGCGGCUCCUGGCCCCACUGAGAAAACGCUUCCUGUAUGCUCUGCUCCUCCGUUCGCAGAGUCCUCACACUCCAGCCGAGACUUUUUAGCUUGAACUUUUCCCCAGUGAAACCACAGAAGCCCAACAGAGACGUGAAGACCAGGCCACCUCCCCAGUCUCCUCAGGGACCUCUCCCUGCUGGGGGAAGGGGACACGUGGGCCCACCUAAUCUCGGUCAUCUCAGCUAAAACACUGAACCACCCUCGACCCCCUAGCAGAGGACAGAGGAAAACUGCAGAGGGUGCAGAAGCCCCCAUCACCAUCACGUCCAAAUGCAAAACACUCAAGCUGAAUCAGCAGGGUGCUGACAUCGGAGACACAAGAAGAGACCCUCUUAUAGGAGGUUCGAGGCCGGGCGCGGUGGCUCACGCCUGUAAUCCCAGCACUUUGGGAGGCCAAGGCGGGUGGGUCAUGAAAUCAGGAGAUCGAGACCAUCCUGGCCAACAUGGUGAAACCCUGUAUCUAUUAAAAACACAAAAUUAGCUGGGCGUGGUGGUGCGUGCCUGUAAUCCCAGCUACUCAGGAGGCUGAGGCAGGAGAAUCGCUUGAACCCGGGAGACAGAGGUUGCGGUGAGUCGACAUUGCGCCGCUGCACUCCAGCAUGGGUGACACGGCGAGACGCUGUCUCAAAAAAACUAAAGGUUUGAGAGUGUCAGACAAGGCGGCACCCUGAGCAGACGCUCAGGCUGGGCAGAGUCUCUCUUCGGGGAGGGGCUCCUCACACGUUGUGUCCUGAUGCCACAGAUGGGACAGUGGGGACUGGAGGAGGAAAUGCUCCAGCUCGGCACUUCCCGAGGAGGAAGUGGCACCGGAAUUUCCCCCAGGUGUGGCCGGCCUCAGGUAUAAGAGCGGCCACUGCCAGGUUCGUGGUCAGGUGCACCUGUGGGAUUGCCGCCAAGCCCAGCCUGUCCUGCUGCCACCACCAUGAUGCUCCUCCCUGGCCUCCUGUUUCUGACCUGGCUGCACACAUGCCCGGCCCACCACAACCCCUCCCUCAGGGGGCACCCCCACACUCAUGGGACUCCACGCUGCUACUCGGCCGAGGAACUGCCCCUCGGCCAGGCACCCCCCCACCUGCUGGCUCGAGGUGCCAAGUGGGGGCAGGCUUUGCCUGUAGCCCUGGUGUCCAGCCUGGAGGCAGCAGGCCACAAGAGGAAGUACGAGGGGUCCUCGGCUGCAACCCAGUGCCCAGUGCUGCGUCCGGAGGAGCUGUUGGAGGCAGAUACCCACCAGCGCUCCAUCUCACCCUGGAGAUACCGCGUGGACACGGACGGGGACCGCUACCCGCAGAAGCUGGCCUUCGCGGAGUGCCUGUGCGGAGGCUGCAUCGAUGCACGGACGGGCCGGGAGACGGCCGCGCUCAACUCCGUGCACCUUCUCCAGAGCCUGCUGGUGCUGCGCCGCCAGCCAUGCUCCAUCCACGGCGUGGGGCCCCCCACCCCCGGGGCCUUCGCCUUCCGUGCUGAGUUCAUCCGCGUGCCCGUCGGCUGCACCUGCGUGCUUCCUCGGUCAGUGUGACCGCCCAGGCCGUGGAGCCCCCAGACUGGACACGUGGGCUCCCCAGAGGGCACCCCCUAUUUAUGUGUAUUUACUGUUAUUUAUACCCUGGGCCUGCGGGGGAGGCUAUGCUCCCCCCACACUGCCCUUGGGGUCCUGGGCAGGGACAGAGCUCUCGGCAGCUGGCAGAUCAGGGAGACGGGCAUCCUCCGGGUCUGGAGGGGGGCCCCCACCAUUCUCCCCAUCUCCAGUCUCAGUGGUUGGGACUAGAAGGAGCUCGGCGCCUCUUCUGGCCCUUAAAACCACAGCCACAGAAAGCUGUGUCAUGGCUGCCUGUACCGUGGCCCACCCCCCGGACUUCCCUCACCCACCACUGGCCUCAGGCCCCCCGGCUCCCUCUUCCCAACCUCCCUGAAAGUACCUCCGUCUCUUCAACAGUUAUUUAAGUGUACAUGUAUUAUU